AUGAACACCAACCCAGAAGACACCACCCUGUUUCUCAAGCGACGCCCCCGCCGCGUUCGUCCCAACUCGAGAGCCGUAUCAUCUCCCAACAGACCCAUCAUGGAAGACUCCUUCUCGGAAGAUGGAUCAGGUCGCAUCCGAAGUACCCGCAUCAGCGGCAUCGAUGAACCUCUUCUUGACAUGUCAGGAUCCGAUACAUCACACUCAUCCCGACGGUUCGAUGAUAGCCUCGACAUGUCCGCUGGAUCGGGUCGUUCUCGAAGCCUCCACCAACGACGCAAGGAUCAGCAACUAUUCUUGGCGCGAAUGUGCACCGAGAGUAUCCCCGUUGGGUUUGACAGGCAUGACCAAGACGGUCCUCGCAAGGAACUGCAUGCUGUUGUGGAACAACCUGAUGCCGAAUCCUCGGCGGUGGAAGAAGAUACCCCCAAGGUGCUCGUCUUUCGUCGAAGGACCAAGCGUGUUGUCCAGAGAUGCGCGUCCUCCUGCAACUAA